AUGGUCGUUUCCUCAGUGCAAGAGUUCUUCUCGUUCACUCAAUCACGAAUGAGGACUAGGCAGAGGCUCUCCUAGCCCUCGUAGCUCCCACAAUAUAACUGCCCGGUUAUAUUUCCAACUCUAGUCAUCCUCUUCAGUAUAAAGCUCUAGUCUUCAAGAUGCUGAUCGGUGGAGCAGUGAGCUACGUGGCCGGCAAACAGGCAGUGCGGACGAUUUACUGGAGAACCGGAAGCAAUGGCCGGCUCCUGAAGACAGCGAAGACAUGCAUGUUCCAAGGACCCCCCAAACCAGCACCCUCUUCAACAUCGGCGACCGCCUUCCCGGCGCAGUCCCGGCUGGACGCGAUCCCCAAAGUCAUCCUGAACGCGAAGAACUAAUUAACCCCUCCGCCUGGGAGUCGUCCUUAAAUACCGACCCUCUGUACAUAAUCGCUGGACCUAAGUGCCGACCAAUCUUGCUGAGCGGCAUGACCGUGGAAUAAAGAGCCUUAUUUAUUUACCAAAA